AUGACGGUUCCAAUGCCCACAUCGGAUUCAACAGACACUGGAGCAGGUGUCAUGUAUCCUUGUAUUGUUGUUCCAGAUCACAUCCAAUGUCCAGGAGUGCAGGAUACAAGCAGUGCCAGACCACUUGCAACACUCCCUAUCAAGUCAUUCGGACCUUUGUCUGCCAUCUCUCGACUACUAGAGUCUUUUAUGCUAGAUGACGAAAACAACUUGUCUGUCAAUCGAUCGGAAUUCGAUAUUCUACAAAUGAUUCGUGGUGUAUGCCAACAUAUUAUGGCACCCAUUUACCAUGUCACUGGAAUGCGUUCGGCUGAUGGAUUACACGAACAACUGAUUAUAAAUAAAGGCAAAGGUCCAGUUGUGGGUUUGGCAUGGCAUCCAUUCAAACAAACUAUUGCCAUAAUCCAUCGCAAUGAUUCGGUGCAUCUAUUUGAUUUGACUUCCGAGACGUGGUGUCCGCGUCAGGCUGUUGGACUACAUCAUGAGUUUCAACGGGGAAUUACUGGUAUCGCAUGGUGUCCUACAGGAUCAGCUGUGCUUGCAGUGGGAUGCAAGAGUGGUGUAUGUCUAUGGCGACUACAAUUUGAUGUCCAUCCAACUACUUCGACAAAACGACUGCAUCCACUGAUUCCAGCUGAUGCGCAGGGUUGUCCACAAGCUUGGAUGACAUUACUUCGUGCACCCCAGUUGUCACAUGUAUCGCAUUUUGCAUGGUCUCCAGAUGGACGCUAUAUUGUUGCAGGAUCAUCGGCCAACUCAACGUUGGUUGUGUUUGACGUUGCCACAGAGUCAAGCGAAGCAUUGUCAUUAUCUGGUGGGCCAACACAUGAAUUGAAAUUUAGCUCAGAUGGAAUGUUUUUACUUCAAUCGUUCAAACGUGGAGGUAUUCGAAUUUGGGAAACGCAGUUGUGGAACAGUGUAUUGCUUUGCACUAAACGACCUGCUCAUAGUUUGACGUGGUUGCCUGAUAUUCGACUGUUUAUAUUUGGUUUGGAGGGAGAGUCCCGCAUUGCAAUGGUUCAAAUGACCAAGAGUGCGCCGUGUUUGGAUACAAUCACAACACCAUUAAUGAAACUGGAUAAACUUGUGACACUCGGUAACGGUGCGAGCAAUCUAUCUGGUAUUCGUCAAUUCUGCGUAUCACCCUUGGGAGACCGGAUGCUUGUUCAGUUGGAGGGAUCAAGCCAAUUAGUACUGUAUGCGAUUAAAACUAAACCAUUACCCGAGUUUUCUUACAUUGGUCCAGUAUACGGACCAAUGCACACCACCCAUUCAUCGAAUCGUAAGACCAGUGCAGCAGGGCCUGAAUGUAUUGCAUUUGCAUCUCAAUUUGAUAAAGGUGCACUUGCUUGCAUUGCGUAUGACAAUGGCAAGCUAUCGUUUAUUCCCAUAGUAAUGCGUUCACUUGGUACAGAUAUGCGCUGGACAGCACUGGGUCUGUCGUCUUGUAUCAUGUUUGGCAACUACUAUGCUUAUGAUUUACCAGCCUCGUUGAAUACACCUUUACAACAGUAUCUUGAAGCCACGGACCAAGACUACGCUUUCCAUCUUGGUCUUUUCUAUUCAUUGUAUUCGCUGCCGAAUAUUGUGCUUCCAAUGUUUAGCGGAGUGUUGGCAGACACGAUUGGGAUUCGAGCCUUGUUGAUUAUAUUAUCAAUGUUGGUAUGUGUAGGACAAAUCAGUUUUACAUUAGGAGUGACUUAUCAAUCCUACGUAGCCAUGCAUAUCGGACGUCUUUUGUUUGGUAUGGGAAGUGAAUCACUCUCUGUCGUGCAGUCCAAGACCACAGCCAAGUGGUUCAAAGGAAAAGAGAUUGCAUUUGCACUUGGAGUCAAUCUUAGUGUUGCUAGACUUGGAAGUGUAUUCAAUGAUGUUGUGAGUCCAUAUUUAGCAGUCAUGGGCGGAGUACCAGCAGCCAUGUGGGUUGGUGUGGUGACUUGUUUAUGCUCAUUCUGGUGUGCAAUUGGACUAGCAGAUCUAGACGGAAUGGAAGUAGAUGAUGUUGAAUGCGAGAGCAGUAAGAUGGAAGAUGAGAUGGAACUGGAAGCCUGGACGGAUUCACAGCUUGAACAUCCGAUACGAUCUGAAGCAUUGAUGCACAUGGACAAGAUGGACUGUGCAGGACUGGUUCAAAUGCCAUUACGAUUCUGGCUUAUCUGCUUAAUCAUGUGUUUGUUGUACGCUACAGUCAUUCCAUUCAACACAAUACAUUCUGCAUUUUUACAGAAACGAUGGUAUGCAGACGAUCCACAGACAGCAUCUCAGGUUAUGGGAGUGCCAGAUACCAUUUCUGCCUUGCUGGUACCAUUCGUAGGGACGCUUGUUGAUCAAACAGGACAUCGAGUCAAAGUAUUGAUUGCUUGCAGUGUCAUGAUGAUGAGUGUUCAUUGCUUUUUUACAACAGCCAAUGCAACCGUAUACUCGACACCCAUUCCAGCACUGGUUGUUCUUGGACUGGCUUAUUCAAUGCUACUCACAUUCUGGCCAUGUAUUCCAUUAAUUGUAAAUGAGAGCAAUCUAGCAACAGCGUUUGGCAUUGCAACCAUUGCAUUGAAUGUAACAUUGUCGGUGUUUCCAAUAGUUGUGGCGAGAUUAGUCAACUCCGAUCCAACAUAUUAUAUCACAGAAGUGUUUUUCACUAGUAGCUGUGCAAUGGGAAUAGCGGCUUGUUUAGUGCUUUUUUAUAUAGAUCGACAGAGUUAUAAUGGGAUGUUGGAGCAUCAAGUCAGUCCAAUGUUGAGUAAAGAUUCAAGAUAA